CGCUGAAAGGUAUGCGCCGGACACUCUCGAUCAUGAAGCGCCCAAGAAACACCAACACUCCAACGCAGCCAACUGGAGGGCAAAACCAGGGAGUACAGGUCUGUAAUCAGACCACAUCCCGGCGAGAUAACACCUCUUGCGCAAAUUCAGCGAUGCAUGUCCGAGCUAUCAGUGCACUCUAUCGGUCUGAGAUGGAGGCCACAAGUGACGACACCAACAUUGCCACAGAAGAGGAAGUGGAAUGUAUAAAUGAGCACUUGCCGGAAUGUUUUUGUCGUCGAUGUGAUGGGGAUUGCCGAAAUUGUUUGCAGAAAGAAGAGGAGAGUUGCUAAUAUG